AAGUUGCUAGAAUCAUGGGAUUUUGGAGAGAAAAAUGGUAGAAUGAUUAAAAAUCCAAGGACGAAAAUCUAUAUAAUGCAUUAAUCUUCUACCAAUUUUAGUUACGGCUUAUUUCCGAACACUGUUGUAAAACUAACAACGAUACCUUUUUUCGUAAGAAUGUAAAUAUCAUUAAUGAUGAGAUUUAGCGGUUAUACAAAAAGAGCUUAACCAAAGAUUAUUGUGUCCUUGCCCAAAAAACUAACAAGUAUUCUUAUUUGUUAUUAUUACUUUCUCACGCGACCAAAGUCACCAAAAUAAUGUUGCAUGAAACCUUUAAUCCAUUCUUACUAAGACCAAAUGACUAACCAUUCUCCGAUCCUCAUUCCAAGGAGAUAUUUUCCACUAUUUGUUGGUUUGGGAUAUUACAACCAUUUACUACUCAACUCUCAACGACUACCCAAGGACUCGAUAUUAAUGCUCUUCUUUGUAGCCUUUAAUCUACAUAUCACCUACUUUAUGUAAUUGUGGUUGUCUCUGUAACCAUGUAACUAUAGUUUUUCCCAUUCAAGACAAAUAAAAAAAAUAGCUUCAUUGCCAAAAAAAAACACAUCAACAACACAAACAAAGAUCUGAGAGAUGGAUGAAGAACUCAAGAACUUGAUAAAAGUAUGGGUGUCAGCAAUAAUCUCGAUAUCUUAUUGUUACUACUUACCACCUAGAAUCAAAUCUGGUGUUCCUCGAUUCCUCUCUGUUUCCCCUGUUCUUGCUCUGUUUCUUGUUCUUCCUCUGUUUUUCUCAUCUCUGCAUUUAUCUUUAAUCACAGCGUUUUUCCUCACAUGGCUUGCUAAUUUCAAACUCAUACUCUUCUCCUUCGAUAAAGGUCCUUUAAUCCCAAUUCCGACCAAUCUCUCUCGAUUCUUCUGCUUCACUUGCUUCCCCAUCAAGGUUCAGCAAAACCCUAAAUCUCAAAACCAUUUGCCUAAAUUGGUUUUCGCCAUUAAAGUUGCAAUCUUUGGUGUGUUGUUACAUUUGUAUGGUUACAGACAAAAUCUGUCUCCGACUGUACUACUAGGUCUCUAUUUUGUGCAUCUAUACUUAGAGAUUGAGAUUAUUUUAACGUUCGUUAAAGUUGUUGUUUUUAUCUCUCUUGGCUGCGAUCUUGAACCACAGUCCAAUAAACCAUACUUAGCCACAUCUCUACAAGACUUUUGGGGUCGUCGGUGGAAUCUUAUGGUUCCGGCGAUUCUCCGUCCAGCAGUUUACGCUCCAAUGCGGCGAGUCUCUGAACGCAAAAUGAGUUCCGGGUGGGCUCUGUUUCCGGGGAUUUUAGCGGCGUUCAUCGUCUCUGGUUUGGUUCAUGAAUUGCUCUUCUUCUAUAUGAUACGUGAGAUGCCCACUGGAGAAGUUACUCUGUUCUUUGUGUUACAUGGCGUAUGUACUGCGGCUGAAUUGGCGGUUAAGAAGAAGACAACGGUGAUGCAGCGGUGGAGGUUAAGUCCGGCGGUUUCGCGGCUGAUUACGGUGGGGUUUGUGUUUGUGACUGGUGGUUGGUUGUUUACACCUCAGCUUAAAAGGAGCGGCGUGGUGGAGAGAUUCACAUAUGAAGCUGUGUUGUUCGUUGAGUUCGUUAAGCACAAGUUAUUUACUUUGUUGGCAAUAAAGAUUGUAACAUCUUAAAGAGUUUGAAUUUUGGUUUGAUUUUGUUUUGUCUAUUACAAUCUUUAAGAUGUUGCCAGCAUGUCUCUUGGUCUCUACAUGCCCCAGAAAAACUGCGCUGAAUGGUAGUACUUGACAAUUC